UCCCGAGAACACAAAUAUUUGAUACGCUAGGCCAGUUGAGCGUUUUAUCCAUUCUCUUCGAGCUGACCUACUAAUCUCCGAAGGGAAGAAAACAAAGAUCAAUGGCUUCUGCAAAAGCAAUAACGAGUCCAGUACCAGAUACGUGGUACCCAACCCUAGCCGUCUUGAUGCUCGCCGUUGGUCUUGUCCUCACCGCUUCUUUCUUCAUCUAUGAAGCAACAUCUUCUAAGCGAAACCGCAGCCUCGCCAAGGAGCUCACCACAGGGGGAGUGGCAUCCGUGUUCCUGGGCGUUGGAUCGUUAUUUUUGAUACUUUCAGCUGGUGUGUAUGUUUGAUUGUUGUAUUGCUCAAACCAUUAUAAAAUGAUAUCAUGUUAAGGAUCAUGGCUUUGACAUUGUUAGCUACAGACCUUUAUCAUUUAUCAGAUGAGAAUAGCUUCUUUGAUA